UUACCUUCUCUCUCCAGAUAGCUUUUUUUAAUGUUUUUAGUAUCUUUUGCCAAUGAAGCCUCUUCGUAUCAUUUAUUCGCCCACGCCCGAAGAGAAGCAUUCCUCCGUCCGAACUGCCGCAUCACUGCCCCCUCUGACGAAGGAGGUGGCAACCGACACCGCUUCGGUAUCUCGCAAGAUUCUUGAACCGGUUUCGACCUCUAACGCUUCAACUGAGGCGAAGCAGCCAAGGGAGUCGAACUCUGCCACUUCAACCCACACGCGCGCUGGUGCUGAGGUUGUAAAGAAGGGGUUUACAGUGACGGAGACCGCGGCCCCUUUGAAUGGGUGCCAGGAAUCGGAGCUGAAUGACUUACCGGUUGAGGCCUGCUUGGAGUACCUCAUGCGGCCCCAUAUCUCAUGGGAUAGCGUGAUUUCCAGCCUGCAGCGACGCCGAGAGCGUGUGGAAAGGCACGGGGCCUCUAUUAUGUCUCGUUCCUUAGCCUCAACCCGCAGCAACUACUUUGCGAGCACCGUCUCUUCGUCGAUGGAGUCAAGCAUUUCAAGUAGCAGUGUGGUAUCCGUAGCGACCGCCCCUGCUGGCUUCCCACGAACCUCCAAAAAUGGAAGUAAAACAUGCACUGGGACUCUUCGGCGUGGGCGUUUGUACGCCGCGCCUUCACACCUGGAAUCUCGCUCAGAGAAGCAAGCCCAAACCUCCAAAGGCAUCCCAGCGCGUCGACCUUUUGGCAUGCGAUUAGAUCAGAAAACGCCAUCAUUGACCGGGACUGUCCAAUCUUCACAAGAUGUAUCAUCCUUGAUGGUAGGGGGCAAAUGCAUCGUGGGGCUUAACCGAGUUAAGCACCUAGGUUCUCUUCGUUGA